CCUUUAAGCGCUUUGAGAGAGAGAGAAAAAGAUUGAGACAACGCACCAACUGUUGCGGCUCAAAGAGAUCGAGAUCGGGGAUCCACACGACGGAGAGUGAGCUAAAGGAUAUGGGAUCUCGGCUACUCGAGUGUUGCUCCCGUUUCAUCUUCUACUGUCACUCCCACAACUGCAACUAUUUUCCCUAAUAGUUUUUCUUUUUUCUCGCCGUUACGCAGGAAACUUCCACCCUCAGGACUUUGAAUCCUCUUUCAGCAUAUUUUCUGUGGUGUUCUGUAACCAGUUUGUGUUUUCCUGAAGAAAUCAAAUGGGUUCGAGAUAUGCAUCUCACCAGCUCAGCAAUGGGCUGUUUGUGUCUGGUAGGCCUGAGCAACCCAAAGAAAAGCCUCCAACAAUGAGCUCAGUAGCCAUGCCAUACACCGGUGGUGAUAUCAAGAAAUCAGGAGAAUUGGGGAAGAUGUUUGACAUUCCGACAGAUGGCACAAAGUCAAGGAAGUCUGGCCCAAUAACUGGAGCUUCUUCAAGAAGUGGUGGGCAAUCAGGUCCGGUGCCUAAUGCCACUGGUCGUAUGUCUGGGUCUCUAGCUUCUGCUGGCUCGAAUUCAAUGAAGAAAACAAAUUCUGGGCCUUUGUCUAAGCACGGAGAGCCUUUAAAGAAAUCCUCUGGUCCGCAAUCUGGUGGUGUAACACGGCAAAAUUCCGGCCCUAUUCCUAUACUCCCAACUACAGGUCUCAUAACAUCUGGGCCAAUUACUUCGGGACCUCUGAAUUCAUCUGGGGCCCCUAGAAAGAUAUCUGGUCCGCUAGACUAUUCUGGUUCGAUGAAGACACAUAUGACAUCCGUUGUCCACAACCAGGCGGUAACUACCCUUGGUCCGGAAGAUGACUUUUCCUGCAUGAAGAGCUUCCCCAAGCCUGUGCUGUGGCUGAUUAUACUUAUAUUUGUGAUGGGGUUCCUUGCUGGAGGCUUCAUUCUUGGAGCAGUUCAUAAUGCAAUUCUCCUCAUUGUUGUGGCGGUCUUGUUCACAGUUGUUGCUGCACUUUUCAUUUGGAAUGUAUCUUGUGAAAGACGUGGUAUCACAGAUUUCAUUGCCCGUUAUCCUGAUGCUGAUCUUAGAACUGCCAAAAACGGUCAAUACGUGAAGGUCACUGGGGUGGUCACAUGUGGUAACGUGCCGCUUGAGUCAUCCUUCCAUAGAGUUCCCAGAUGUGUUUACACGUCGACUUGUCUCUAUGAGUACCGUGGAUGGGGUUCGAAGCCAGCCAAUGCUUCACAUCGCCGCUUCACAUGGGGACUGAGAUCAGCAGAGAGGCAUGUGGUAGACUUCUACAUUUCUGAUUUCCAGUCUGGGCUUAGAGCAUUGGUCAAAACCGGAAACGGUGCAAAGGUAACACCUAUCGUCGAUGAUUCUGUUGUCAUCGAUUUUAAGCCAGGAAGUGAGCAAGCAUCUCCAGAUUUCGUAAGGUGGUUGGGUCAGAAGAAUCUAUCCAAUGAUGAACGAGUGAUGCGGCUUAAAGAAGGGUAUAUCAAAGAAGGAAGCACAGUAAGUGUCAUUGGAGUGGUUCAGAGAAACGAAAACGUGUUAAUGAUAGUCCCAACGACAGAGCCAUUAGCUGCUGGUUGGCAAUGGAGUAAGUGCACAUUCCCUGCAAGUCUUGAAGGGAUUGUGUUGAGAUGCGAAGAUUCAUCGAACGUAGACGCAAUUCCUGUCUAGUGCAGUUAGUAGUAAGUCUUUCUUCUUCUUCCACGGUUGGUAGACGAAAAUCUCACUGUUUCACUUCGGCUUCAUUAAUAUUUUUCAUGAAAUCUGAAAAGUGUUCUUGGUUGGUGGCUUUUCUCUCUCUACUCUACUGAUGAUCAUUCCUUGGGUUGGUGGUUUUCUGGUAGUGCUCUCUACCUUUAAUAUUUCUUAUUUUUUAUAUCGAGUUAUGAUUACAUUAGGAUGAUGACUAUGCUGUUGGAUGUGGAUUACGUUUCUAUGACUUAAUUUGUGUUAUGGUUUGUAAUUGUAAAGCUCCUCUAGUUAUUCUUUUUCGACCGAACUUGUGUCCUAAUGUAAUGGCUUUAUCUAUUUCGUUUGGAAUGCAAUGGGCAUGUUGUUGCAGGCUGAAGUUUAGCCAGAUGUGAA